ACACUGGAAUGUUGAGAAAAAAAAACGAAAACAUUUGCAAAUGUAUGAUUGAGACCGGCAGCAACAAAAUGUAGUAUAUAAUAACAAAAAAUGGUUCGAAAAAAUCAACAACAAAAGAACGCUGAACAUCAGAACUUAUCUAAUCGCUCCGAUAAAUCCGAUAAUGAAGAAAGCAAUGAUGAACUGAAAUGUAAAUAUUGUGAUGUGGUUUCGGUCACUGUCGACGAAAAACAACAACAUGAGGAAGGAUGCGAAUCAAAGGCCACCGCAAAUGUUUUCAUCACAUCAGAUGGAAAACUACGAUUUUUGUGUUCGGUGUGCAAUCAAUUGUUUAAGUAUCAAACUGGGCUGAAAAAACAUGAACUACGACAUAAGCCGCCGGGAGGCUUCAAUUGUUCUGAAUGUUCCGAACGUUUCAUAACCGACGCUGAGCGAUCCAUACACAAGGAAAUCGUUCAUAAGAUAUUCAAGUGCCUCAUUUGCAAUGCCAAAUGUUCAUCGGAAGAAGAAUUCUUAAAGCACAUCAAUGACUUACACGAAGGAAGAGAUAGAGAAUAUGUCACUUGUGGAGAUUGUGGCGCUCAAUUUCGGCAGAAGAAUCAGCUAAGACUACAUAUUGAGUCAAAAUGUGGUACAGUUCGAUGUUAUACAUGCAAGCAAUGCAAUUCGAAAUUUAUGACACAAAACACACUAAACGCCCACAUGCUCAUUCACUUGGGCGACAAGAAGCAUCUCUGCAAUUUCUGUGGUAAUAGUUUCUUGAGCCGAGGUCAACUGAAGAUACACGAACGAUCACAUACGAAAGAGAAGCCAUAUUCGUGUAAAGUUUGUAAUAAGUCCUUUGCACAUCGUGAAAGUCUAGUAACUCAUUCAUCGUUGCACACUGGAAUCAAGCCUUAUCAAUGUCAGUGUUGUGGUUCACAGUUCUCAUGUAUUGGCAAUUUGAUAAAACAUCGUCGAGUUCGUCCUGAAACUUGCGGGCUACCUCAGUACACCAAUGUGAAAUGUGCCCCUCGUGCAUCCACCAAAGUUCCGGGAAGUUUGACCUUGAAAAAAGAGAGUCCAGUAAAACGAGCCUAUGCAAAGCGUAAAAUUGUAAGCGUGCCUGAAUUGUUAUCCGUGCGUGCCGAAUUAACUAGUCAAACUGUACAACCAAAAGUCGAACCGAUCGAUGACCAACAUGAAUUCGAUGAGUUUUUAAUCUUGAAUAAACCCGAAUCGAGAGAAAUUGACGAAUCGAAUAAUUUUGUAAAAAGCGAAAUGAAUGAGUCAAUUGAAAAUGAUCCAUCGUCUGGAUGCAUUGAAAUAAUUGAUCAAAGCAUACUGAAUUCACCGUUGGCCACAGAAAAUAGUAGCAUAUCAUAUAAUAUUGCCAAGAGUAGUGUUUUGGUGCUCACGGCUGAUGGUAAUUAUAUGAUUGCAAAUUUGGAAGAUGAUAAAAAGCCCAUCGAAUUAAAAGUAUCACAACCACCACAAGUCGAACAAGUCUUUAUUUUGAAUAGCAACGACAUACAAUUCACCGAAAUGGAAGUUGACGUUGACUGCCCAGGCACCGUACCGAGUGUGAAUGACAAAAGGAAUGUUCAUAUUCUGCAAAAUGCAAUAUUGAGAAAGAGUCCGAUGUCGGCUGCCGAUGAUAGUCAGAGUGUCGAGAUUCUGGGUGAACAACAUCUUGAAAGUGAUAUUCAACAUUUGGAAAUCGUACCAGCUGACGAAUCAAUUAAUACAACCGACUCGAGCAUCAAAAUUGGUGAUUCACAAGUCAUCGAAGUGUUUGUAUGUGAAAUAUGCCCAAAACAAUUCAAACAAGAAAAAUCUCUGCUGAAACAUUUGGGUACGAAGCACAACAUUGAAGUGUGUGAUUAUACGAAAAAGGAGUCGUUCAAAUGCAAAUAUUGUGAUAAACAAUAUUUAACCGAGAGUCUAUUGAAUAAACACGUCGUUUGCCAUGGUGCAAAUGGUGAACUUAUCCACAAGUGUUCUUGCUGUACGUCAUACUUCGAGACAAAGGAAAAAAUGCAAGAGCAUGCUCAAAAAGAGCACGAAGACCGUUUGAAAUGUAAUUAUUGCAAUAAGAUAUACAAGGACGUCGAUUGCAAAGCAGCACACAUACGACGUACGCACACAAAAACUGGUGCACCACAAAAAAAAUAUACAUUUGUUUGUUCAAAAUGUGGCAAGAAAUUUAAUUCAAAAGUUGCUUUAUCCGAUCAUGAACAAGGCGAUUGUGGCCAAUCACCAAUUUAUAAAUGUGAUUAUGAAGGGUGUGGAAAGUCUCUGCACAGUAUGGGAUCAUUGAAAAUUCAUCAGAUGAUUCAUACGGGCGAUUUACCGUUUUCAUGCAAUUUUUGUAAGAAACAAUUUCGCACUCAGGGCCAAGUCAAAGUCCAUGAACGUAGUCAUAGCGGUGAAAAGCCAUUCAAGUGCAAUCAAUGUUCGAAAGCAUUUGCACAUCGUGAAAGUUUACUAACACAUUCAUCGCUGCAUAGCGGCCAUAAGCGUUUCGGAUGUCAUGGAUGCGGUGCUCGAUUUUCAUGCAUCACCAAUCUUCAAGCGCACCGUCGAACCCACCAAGAUACCUGCGGACAAUUGCCAUUGGAUACAAAAGCGCAAUACUCUUAUAUUAUAGACAAUGGCACUGUCAUUGCAGAUCCAGAAAAAAACGCCCCAUCAAAUCCAUCUAUCUAAUACAUACUAAUAAGUAAAUGUAAAUCUCGUUUGUAUAUAUCGUAAAGUUUUUUUUUUAAUGAAUA